AUGGGAACUACCACACUGACUGCUCGAUUGAACUUCGAGGUGCGGAACCAAAAAGCCAAAUCUCAACUCUCACAAGCACAACACGUUUUCACAAAGUUUGCCAGUUGCUUGGGUUGUCAAGGCCUUGGCGACGGGACGCUGGCGCUGGUAUAUAACGUCGCGGGAACACAUCUCAUCAUCCAGUUCGUGAAGGAACUUGAUCCAGUCAACACCAAUAUGAAGUUGGUGUUAGUAUCCUUGGCCUUGGCCAUGCUGGCCGUAUCUAGCUUGGCCAGGCCAGGUGGACAUGGAGGCGGCGGUGGCGGCUAUGGAGGAGGCGGUGACGGCCAUGGAGGUGGUGGCGGUGGCGGCCAUGGAGGUGGUGGUGGCGGCGGUUAUGCUGGUGGCGGUGGCCAUGGAGGUGGUGGUGGUGGAGGCCAUGGAGGUGGUGGUGGUGGAGGCCAUGGAGGUGGUGGUGGUGGGGGCGGUGGUGGUGGUGGUAAUGGAGGUGGUGGCGGAGGCGGACACAGUGGGGGUGGCAGUGGAGGUUAUGGAGCUGGUUCAUCGUCCAGUAGUUUUAGCCUCGGAGGACAUGGAGGAGGUGGAGGCGGCGGCCAUGGAGGUGGCGGUGGCGGCUUUGGUGGUGGUAGUGGAGGCUAUGGAGGUGGUUCUUCAUCAGGCAGCUUCAGCCUCGGAGGCCAUGGAGGUGGCGGCUCUGGUGGUGGUGGUGGUGGCGGCUAUGGAGGAGGAGGCUAUGGGAAAUAA